CAAAACCAACGAAAACGCUAACCGGCUAACCUGCAAAAUCAAAUAAUACUUCUUUGAACUUGCAUCUAGUGAUCGAUCUAGUUAGUUAAUUAUUACUGUUACCAGAACAGUGUUGACUUACUUUUGUGACACAUUUUAGUAAUAAAAAUGACAACUAGCGUGGCAACUAAUCCAUCAACUCUCCUUCCUCUAGAACUGGUCGACAAAUGCAUUGGGUCACGUAUUCACAUUAUUAUGAAGAAUGAUAAAGAGAUUGUUGGCACACUGCAGGGGUUUGACGACUUUGUCAACAUGCUGCUAGAGGAUGUGACAGAAUAUGAAGUCACGCCUGAUGGAAGACGCAUCACCAAGCUUGACCAGAUACUGCUCAAUGGCAACAAUAUCACUAUGUUGGUGCCUGGAGGAGACAUGCCUGGAGAAAAUUAAUGAUUUUGUCGAAAAAACAAGAAAAUUCCAUUAAUGUCUUGUAUGUAAAUAUAAUUUUUUUUACUAA